CCUUCAGCACUAUCUGCUGAUGACAGGACUGUUUUGAUUCAGCCCUCUGCCUUUCCCCACUGCACUCAUCCUUCACUAAAGGGGGGAUUAGAUUUUCCCUGCAAUCCUCUUCUCUUUUCUACAUUAGCUUUUUGCUCUUCUUGUCUUUUUCUUUAGGGUUUAAACUGGAGACGAUCAAUAGGCUUGUUUUUCAUUCCUGCUCUGACCUUUGGAGUAGUUGGAGGUAGCCCCUUUGGAGCAGUGUUGGCUCGAGUAGGAGCUUCAUCCGUGACUUAAGAAGGAGAAGACAGUCUCAUCCAGGGAGCAAGUGGAGGAAGGAAGUCAUGGGUGUGCAAAAAGAAGAUGUGGAAAAGUUUCUACAAGGGAACCCUGCAUUCGCUCAGCAGUACUUUGCCAAGAAGCUCAGCACAGGAGCCAUAGCCAAGGCAUCCAGGCUUCCAGAGAAACAAGUGGACUUCAGCCACUUCCAAGAACUUAGUCAGGUUGAAGAAAGCCACAUUAUGUAUGACCUGAUCAAAGACAUGCAGGAGAACAUCAACAUGGAAAAGGUGGUGUUCAAGAUUCUGAAGAGAAUCAGUGCGCUCAUCCACGCAGACCGCUGUAGCUUGUUCAUGUACCGGCAGCGGAACGGUGUUGCAGAACUCGCCACAAGGCUCUUCAAUGUGAACACAGAGUCAGAGUUUGAAAACUGUGUUGUCCCACCAGACUCCGAGAUUGUCUAUCCAUUGGACAUGGGUAUAGUCGGCCAUGUGGCCCAGACCAAGAAGACGAUUAAUGUGAAAGAUGUCACAGAGAACCAGCACUUCAGCUCAUUCGUUGAUACUCUCACGGAGUACCAGACCCGAAACGUUCUGGCCACACCCAUCCUCAACGGCAAAGACAUGGUGGCCGUGAUCAUGGCCCUCAACAAGACCACAGGACCGUUUUUCACCGCUGAGGAUGAAGAUCUUUUCUUAAAAUAUCUAAAAAUUGCAACGCUGAACUUGAAGAUCUUCCACCUGAGUUACCUCCACAACUGUGAGACACGUAAAGGACAGCUGCUGCUGUGGUCGGCCAACAAAGUAUUUGAAGAGCUGACGGACAUUGAGCGACAGUUUCACAAAGCCUUGUACACGGUCCGAGCCUACCUCAACUGUGACCGCUACUCCGUUGGUUUACUAGACAUGACAAAGGAGAAGGAGUUCUUCGAUGUUUGGCCUGUGCUGAUGGGAGAACAGGCACCUUAUUCUGGCCCCGUAACCCCUGACGGAAGGGAGGUAAAUUUCUACAAAGUGAUUGAUUAUAUAUUACACGGGAAAGAGGACAUUAAAGUAAUACCCAACCCGCCUGCAGAUCACUGGGCUUUGAGUAGCGGCCUGCCUACUUAUGUUGCUGAGACGGGUUUUAUUUGUAACAUUAUGAACGCAGCUGCCGAUGAGAUGUUUCAAUUUCAGACCGAAGCACUCGACAGCAGCGGGUGGACGGUAAAAAAUGUUCUGUCGCUGCCCAUCGUCAACAAGAAAGAAGAAAUAGUCGGAGUGGCGACUUUCUACAACAGAAAAGACGGCAAACCAUUUGAUGAGCAGGAUGAGCAACUUAUGGAGGCGCUGACCCAGUUUCUGGGCUGGUCGGUUUUGAACCCAGACACAUACGACAAGAUGAAUAAGAUUGAGAACCGGAAAGACAUCGCACAGGACAUGGUGCUAUACCAUGUCAAAUGUCGUGAUGACGAGAUUCAGGAGAUCCUGAACACCAGAGAAGUGUACGGCUGUGAACCUGCAGAGUGCGAAGAGGAUGAGCUCAGAGAAAUCCUAAAAGCUGACCUACCUCCACUCAUCAAGAAGUUUGAGAUCUAUGAGUUCCGCUUUUCGGACUUUAACUGUACAGAGAAGGAGCUGGUGAAGUGCGGGAUCCAGAUGUACUACGAGGUUGGGGUGGUUAAGAAAUUCCAGGUCCCUCAAGAGGUACUGGUUUGCUUCAUGUAUUCGGUCAGUAAAGGCUACAGGAGAAUCACUUACCACAACUGGCGGCAUGGCUUUAAUGUGGGACAAACAAUGUUUACACUCUUAACGACGGGGAUGUUGAAGCGAUACUACACUGACUUGGAGGUGAUGGCCAUGAUAACAGCCGGCUUCCUCCAUGAUAUCGAUCACAGGGGGACCAACAACUUGUACCAGGUCAAGUCAAGCAACCCUCUGGCUAAGUUACAUGGUUCCUCAGUCUUGGAACGACAUCAUCUCGAGUUUGGAAAGUUCCUGCUGUCUGAUGAGUCACUGAAUAUCUACCAGAACCUUAACAGGCGACAGACGGAACAUGUGAUUCAUCUCAUGGACAUCGCCAUCAUCGCCACUGACCUGGCUCUUUACUUCAAAAAGAGAACCAUGUUCCAGAAGAUUGUAGACCUUUCACACACUUAUGAGGAUGAAAAGAAGUGGGUGGAUUUCAUGUCUCUACAAACAACUAGAAAAGAGAUUGUCAUGGCAAUGAUGAUGACUGCUUGUGACUUAUCAGCUAUCACCAAGCCUUGGGAAGUACAGAGCAAGGUUGCCUUGUCUGUUGCAGCAGAGUUUUGGGAGCAGGGUGACCUGGAAAGAACAGUACUGGAACAACAACCCAUUCCUAUGAUGGACAGGACCAAGGCAGCGGAGCUUCCUAAGCUGCAGUGUGGUUUCAUUGAUUUCGUCUGCACGUUUGUCUACAAGGAGUUCUCUCGUUUCCACCCACAAAUUCAGCCCAUGCUGGAUGGCAUCUUAAACAACAGGAAGGAGUGGAACGCAAGAAAGGAAGAAUAUGAGGCUAAACUCAAAGCUAUAGAAGAAGAGAAGGCUGCUAAAGAGGCCGCAAAAGCUCCUGCAAACAACCCCAGCAGUGGCAGCUCUGGCUCCAAGACCUGCACAGUGUGUUGAAAGACUUCCUACAAGAUGAAAGAGCACAUGGACCAUAAACACGACAGACUGACUUCAGCAUGUCCUGAACACCAGCCUGUCUCAAUACCGAGGAAAAACGUGAAUGCAACAAAGUCAGGAAAAUGGAUGCAUGAAUGUAUGAGCAGCCCUGUAGUAUUCAGAGAAACUGAUGCCAAUCAGAAAAGAACUUGUUCAAAGAAGGAAAACUGUUCCUCAUCAAGCAAUAUUUGAUUUUUAAGAGACACUAAAUAAGUAAGCUG